AUGAGCUGGCACAGAUACUCAACCUUGGAGCAUCCAGGUACAUUCCUCUCCUUGAAAGGAGCUGUGCUAACAUUUUCCUGUAUGGACCAAGCUGGUGGGUUAAUGCAAUCACCCUAUGAAGUUUGGCGAGAUCCACACAACAUGGAUGAAAAUGAAAAAACUUGGAGAAGGAAAUUGGUCAUGAACUCCUCCUCUUCUUCCCAAGAAACAGAUCAUCAGUAUACAAUAAUCUGCUCAGAGAAACAAGCCAAAGUCUUCUCACUUCCUUCUCAGACUUGCCUUUAUGUUCAUAACAUCACCGAGACAUCCUUCAUACUGCAAGCGGACGUGGUGGUCAUGUGUAACAGUGCCUGCUUGGCAUGCUUUUGUGCUAAUGGACAUAUCAUGAUAAUGAGCCUACCUAGUCUUCGCCCAAUGUUGGAUGUUAAUUAUUUGCCACUGACAGACAUGAGGAUAGCACGGACAUUUUGUUUUACCAAUGAAGGACAGGCAUUAUACCUUGUCUCCCCUACUGAUCAGCGAUUAACAUAUAGCCAAGAAAUGUGUGACAAUCUACAGGAUAUGCUGGGAGAUUUGUUUACUCCCAUAGAGACACCAGAAGCUCAAAAUAGAGGCUUUCUGAAGGGAUUGUUUGGUGGAAGUGGACAAACAUUUGACAGAGAAGAGCUCUUUGGGGAAGCUUCAGCAGGAAAAGCUUCCCGCAGCCUUGCACAGCACAUUCCUGGCCCAGGUGGUAUAGAAGGGAUGAAAGGUGCUGCUGGAGGGGUGAUGGGAGAGCUGACCCGUGCCCGGAUUGCCCUUGAUGAAAGAGGACAGAGACUGGGGGAGCUGGAAGAGAAAACCGCAGGCAUGAUGACCAGUGCAGAAGCGUUUUCCAAACAUGCACAUGAGUUAAUGCUGAAAUAUAAGGAUAAGAAAUGGUACCAAUUCUAA